GAUGCUUCUUCCUCCAACGAAGCUGUUCAUCUUCAACAGCGCCUGCGCAGCUUAAGCACAGAACUAGUUACCCUAAGGAACAGGUUACACGUACAGGGCGGUCAACAAACUACCAUUAAAGGAGGUAGUGCCAGUAGUGGUGGUGUUGCAACGAGCGGUACAUCAACACAAAAUUCGAAAAUAGCCAGCACAAAUAAUGCACGACAACCCCAUAUACCUCCUAGAAGAGGACAAAUUAAUGCACCUGCGCCAGUGGCAUUAUCGGGGCCUAAAUCAAGCCCUACCACAAUUAUUCAACCUCCUAAGAACAAUGCAACUGUUGCUAUCGAGGACCUCAUACACCUUCCAGGUCCACUUACAGAGGAUGCUGUUAUGAAAUGUCUUCAGGCUCGAUUUGCAGCUAAUCAGUUUUACACCAACGUAGGACCAAUAAUUCUCUGCGUAAACCCCUACAGGGAUGUAGGAAAUCCACUCACCCUAAAUAGUACCAGAACUCUAGCUUUAAGUCCUCAACUAACUAAAGUUGUACAAGAGGCUGUCAGACAGCAAUCAGAAACUGGAUAUCCGCAAGCAAUCAUACUGUCGGGAACAAGUGGCUCAGGAAAAAGCCACACAUCAAUGCUUCUAUUAAGACAGUUAUUUGAAAUAGCUGGAGGAGGUCCUGAAACUGACGCCUUUAAACAUUUGGCUGCUGCAUUUACCGUACUGAGGUCUUUAGGAUCUGCCAAAACAUUAACAAAUUCAGAGUCAAGUAGAAUAGGUCAGUUCAUCGAAGUCCAAGUGACAGAUGGAGCACUAUAUCGGACAAAAAUCCAUUGCUACUUCCUCGACCAGACUAGAGUCAUAAAGCCGUUACCAGGUGAAAAAAAUUACCAUAUUUUUUACCAAAUGCUUGCCGGACUUUCAGCUGAGGAAAGGACCAAAUUGAACUUGGACGGACAUAAACCUUCUACUUUAAAGUAUAUGCAAUAUGGAGAUGUUAAACAGGAUGUUGCGGAAGAUGCAACAAGGUUUCAAGCAUGGAAAACUUGCCUGGGAGUGCUUGGUAUUCCUUUUUUAGACGUAGUAAGAGUAUUAGCAGCUGUCUUGUUGUUAGGAAACGUGCAAUUUUCAGACGGAAAAGCCAUUGAAGUCGAUGUUAGAGGUGAAACUGAACUAAACGCUGUUGCAGCUUUAUUAGGAGUAUCUGGUGCUGCCCUGUUUAGGGGUUUAACAUCUAGAACUCACAAUGCUAGAGGACAACUUGUAAAAUCGGUAUGUGAUGCCAACAUGUCAAACAUGACCAGAGAUUGUUUGGCAAAAGCUUUGUAUUGUAGAACAGUGGCUACUAUUGUACGAAGAGCUAAUAGCCUUAAGCGGCUUGGAUCAACAUUGGGCACCCUAAGUUCGGAUUCAAAUGAGUCUGUUCAUAAUCAAGCAGAAGUAAUUGUUUUUGUAUUGAUCAUACUAAAUUAUUAAUGAUUAAUUUUAGGUUACCAGUCAACAUGCUUCCACGGUAGGUAACGGCAGUAAUUCGGCCGGUAACAAAUCAAUGGUAGCUCUAAACAAUGCCGUCAGACAUGCUACCACUGAUGGCUUUAUUGGUAUUUUGGAUAUGUUUGGAUUCGAAGAUCCAAAACCUGCACAGUUAGAACAUUUGUGCAUAAAUCUUUGCGCUGAAACUAUGCAACAUUUUUAUAAUACCCAUAUUUUCAAGUCAAGUAUAGAAUCUUGUAGAGAUGAAGGUGUAAGCUGUGAAGUUGAAGUCGAUUAUGUGGAUAAUGUUCCUUGCAUAGAUUUAGUUUCUUCGCUUAGGACUGGAUUGCUGAGUAUGCUGGAUGUUGAGUGCUCAAUAAGAGGAACUGCUGAAUCCUAUAUUGCAAAAAUUAAGGUUCAGCAUAAAAGCAACAAACGCCUAUUUGACCAAAAGACUAUCGACCCUCGGCUCUUCGGUAUCCAACAUUUUGCCGGUAGAGUCAUCUAUGAUGCAGCAGACUUUUUGGAUACCAACAAAGAUGUAGUUCCUGACGAUUUAGUAGCUGUAUUUUACAAACAGACUUGCAACUUUGGAUUUGCGACUCAUCUCUUUGGUAGUGAACUAAAAGCAUUGUAUUCUGUUGAGAAUGUACCUAGGGGCGUUAGUUUCAGAAUAUCUCCAACUUCUCACACGGAUCUCCUGAAUGGGGAUGAACCAGUGUCAACGCUAACUCAAGAUUUCCAUACGCGUUUGGAUAAUUUAUUGCGUACUCUGGUACAUGCCAGACCUCAUUUUGUCCGGUGUAUUUGUAGUAAUAACCAAGAAGUUACAAACUCUUUUGACAGGGGAAUUGUUGUUAGACAAAUCCGGUCUCUUCAAGUAUUGGAGACUGUUAAUUUGAUGGCUGGAGGUUUUCCUCAUCGCAUGCGUUAUAAGGCAUUCAAUUCUCGAUACCGUCUUCUAGCACCAUUUGCUGAAUUAAACCGUACUGAAGAGAAAGUGACUGAUGAUUGUAAAACCAUUUUACAAUACGCUAAUGAUUUGUUAGCCAAAAGAGAGGUCGUCAGUGGCGUUUCUACAAGUUGGGCCUUGGGUAAACGACACAUAUUUUUAAGUGAGGGCAUAAGACAGCUACUAGAAAAGCUUCGCAAUGAAACUAGAAAGAAAGCUGCCACUUUAAUUCAAUCCACAUGGAGAGGCUGGAGAUACCGUUACCGCUGGACUACUCUCAGACGAGACAAAACUCCAGAAAAAAUAACUUCAAUGGCAUCAACUAAAGCAGUACCGGCCCGAACCGGAGUACCACCAGGUACUAGACCUAGACCUCAACCUAUAGCUGGAACACCACCUCCAGAUAUGACGGAAAAAUGUGAUGCAAAAAUUAUACAGCAAACUUGUAACCUCUUUGGAUUGAAUUUGGAACGACCUCCUCCAGUACCACCUAGUAGAUCGUAUACUGUAACUGGAAAUACGAAAUUGGGUUAUCCUCAAACGCGUGUGAUGAAAAUGUCAUAUCCCGAAGACACUUCUGGAGAAGGGCCUAUAUUCCUAAAAGGUGAAACAGUACUAGUUGUAGGUGCUUCUCAAAGAAGGGGACAUUUGAUAGUUGAACAUAAAAACCAUACCUUACAUGUGCCUUUUCAGUUUAUGGAACUAAAACCAUCUUUAAAUAUUUAAUAUGCCAUACAUGGUUUUUAAGGUGCUCCCAUACUUUUAAGUGUUGCAGAUAGGUACCUACCUAUUUACCUAGGUACAUUGUUUUAGAAAAUGUGCAUGCAUUUGGUCGUUAAGAUUUUUAUGUAUAAGUCAUUUAUUUUUAUAGCUGCUAAGCUACAAUUAAAAACAAUUUCAUUUUCAUGGUGCUAACUUUCAAGUUUGAAAAUUGAAGAAAACUUAUUUAUGAUUAAUAUCACUUGAUUUCAUAUCAGAUAUUUUCAUCCAUAUCUUGUACAAAACAUCGUAGUUUAAUAGUUUUAAUGUGUACUGUUUUUAGGUUUAUAAGGAUUAUAGAUUUAAAAAUUCUGAACUUGCCAUUUCCCAUUUUUGUUAAUACCUAUAAAGUAAGAUUUAUUUAUCGUAAUUUUUAAAAGUAGAAUAGUUUGCUACAAGAAAAAGUAUUUUAGUUAUUAAAUAUUUUUUAUACAGUAGGUACUUAUGCAGUUUAUUUCUGUCAAAUCCUGAUUUAUUUACAUCAUUCAGAAAUUAUGCGUAGAUACCAGAUUAGAUAUCAAUUUCGAUUCUUUGUGGAUUUUUCUUUUUUCUUUGAUUCUGGUUGCUUUUCCUCAGACUCGUUUGGAUCCACGU